GAUGUUCACUGUGUUAAUCAUCAUCCCCCUCGAUUUCUCUCUCAAAUGCUUCGUUCCCGAACCCUCAUCGGUGCGGCCCGCCGGAUCGGCGCUGCUUGCUCCUCUCCGAUCUCCCAUCACGGCUUCGGCGGAGCCCUGGCCACCAGAUCGCUCUUCAGGAGGACUCUGAUCAUCCAGACAACCGCGCCGGAGCAAGUGAGAGUUGAGCGGCUCUCCGAUUCCGAUUCUGGGAUUGUUGAGUUGAAGCUGGAUCGACCGGAGGCUAAGAACGCGAUCGGGAAGGAGAUGCUGAAGGGGCUGCAGCGCGCUGUCGAGUUUAUUGAUGGAGAUUCGUCGGCAAAUGUCGUUAUGAUCUCCAGCUCUGUUCCUAGGGUUUUCUGUGCGGGCGCCGAUCUCAAGGAGCGCAGGUCAAUGAAUCCUUCUGAGGUUAAGCUAUUUGUGAACACAUUGCGGUCAACAUUUUCUUCCCUGGAGACACUCUCUGUUCCUACCAUUGCAGUUAUUGAGGGUGCAGCAAUGGGUGGUGGGAUGGAAAUGGUUCUCGCAUGCGACAUUCGAAUAUGCGGGGAGGAUGCUGCAUUUAGUUUGCCUGAGACUGGACUCGCUAUAAUUCCUGGAGCUGGUGGAACCCAACGACUCCCUAGGUUGGUUGGGAGGUCAGUAGCCAAAGAGCUCAUUUUUACUGGACGGAGGAUAGAUGGCAAUCAAGCUGUGUCUAUGGGCUUGGUUAGUUAUUGUCUUCCCGUAGGAGAGGCAUACAUGAAAGCUCUCCAAAUUGCGCGAGAAAUAAACCAUAAGGGCCCACUGGCGACAAGGAUGGCUAAACAAGCUAUCAACGAGGGAAUGGAGGUGGAGAUGGCUGCUGCGCUGGCUCUGGAGGAAGAAUGUUAUGAGCAACUCCUUCAUACACAGGAUCGUCUUGAAGGUUUAGCUGCGUUUGCGGAGAAGAGAAAACCAAUAUACUCCGGCAAAUAGUUUCUUGCCUCAAAGCUUUGUAACUAUGCGCACGGGUUAAUUGGCUGAUUUAUUAAGCUUAACAUUAGUAAUAAGAGUUUCAGCUUCAAGUAUAAUGACUGUAUAAAAAGAAAUUAAUAUUUAUAGAAAAUAGCAUUAUCCAAUUUUCAAAUAAAACUCGUAUUAUUAA